AUGGCCUCAAAUGGGACAACCAUCGAACAGCUGGCAGCAACCCUGUCCGCUCGAUCAAAGACUCUUAUUAACAAUGAUCUGAAGAGAAUCUGCAAAGAGGAAGGUCAGAACGUGGGAGGGAAUAAAUCCCAACUGCAAGGCCGCGUCCUUAACAUGAUCCAUAACGCAGCCCUCGGCGGUGACUUCGACACACUUCAGAGGCUUCGUUAUCGAUUGCACAACCACGGCGAGGCUCCACCUCCGACGUACAACGCCCCGGCCGCUCCUCCUGCGCAAGCCUCACCCGCUCCCCCCAACAGGUACCCCAGCAUGGCCACCGGACAGAACGGCUAUGCUAGUCGCCAGUCCUAUCCUCCCUAUCGUCCCCCACCUGCCCUGCCACCCACAUCCUCAUUCAAGGAAUCCCCAUUCUAUGAAAUUCGGGAAUUACUUUUAGGAGGCAUGUCUCUAGAAGUCUCGCCAAACCAUCGCCUCACUCUUAAUAAAACCCUUAUCCUGUCCACCGAACAAUGCAACCGCUUGAAAUCUGAUCCCACGCUACGAGUACUACUCUUCGCUGCAGUCGAUCAACCGCUUGGUCCAUAUCAGCGUGUCGACGUCGCCUUCCCUUCCCAGGUCGAAGUGAAGAUCAAUGGCGACGAGAUCAAAGCCAACUACAAAGGUUUGAAGGGCAAGCCCGGUUCCACGCGUCCAGCCGACAUCACAGACUACGUUCGCAAGGUGGCUCAUUACCGGAACAGUCUGCUGGUGACCUAUGCGCUGACGCAGAAGGUCAGUCAUAAAGAGAAAUAUAACAUCUACUUAUACAUGGUAAAGAAGCACACCGUAGAGGACCUGGCCCAGCGCAUCACUCUGCGAAACGUCAUCACCAAGCAGACCGUCAUCAAUGAGAUGCUGAAGAAGGCAAAUGACGCCGACAUUGUGGUUAGCUCUACCAACAUGUCUCUUAAGGAUCCUAUCUCAACUCUUAGGAUUACCAUCCCUUGCAGGUCAAAUUUGUGCAACCACAACCAGUGCUUUGAUGCAGCAUCAUUCUUGCAAUUACAGGAGCAAGCUCCAACAUGGCAGUGUCCUGUAUGCAACAAGACUGUAUCAUUUGAAGGUCUUGCGGUGGAUCAAUAUGUCCAAGAGAUCCUCGAUUCUGUGCCGAAGGGCACGGACCAAGUGACAAUCGAGCCGAAUGGCGAUUGGUCGAAUGGAAACAAGACAGAACCCCAACCUUAUCGAAAUGGCUCUACGGCAGCGCAUGAGGAUAACAGUGACGAUGAGCUGGUAGAGAUACCUGACUAUCGCGUGUCCGCGAUAAAGAGCGAAGCUAUCUAUACUCCCUUGUCGAUGGCUCAGACAACACCACUCUCCUCUCGGGAAGCCUCCACCGCGCCCAGGACCGGCCAGAAACGGACAUCUGAGGUGAUAGAUCUGACGUUGAGCGACGAUGAUGAGCCUUCGAGGCCGGCUAAGAAGGUAGCGUACCACACUCCCAGCAGCCUCCCAGACCCAUCACGUCGCUAUCAGAUGCCCUCGUUCGGAGUUUCGUCUGCCCCUAUACGUCCCCAAGCCCCAUCUUUAAAUCACAAUAACAUGCCUUCGAGUUUGAGAUUGGAUCUCUCAGCCCCAUCCCCAACCCUUCCGCCCUAUGGAGCCUAUCGUCCACCUCUACCGCGCUCAGCCUAUCCUGACCAGGGAUUGGGAACAUACCCCAACUACGGCAAUUCCCCUUGA